UCGUCAGCACUGCCCAACCGACGAUCUUUGGAUGCCUGCCUGGGGAACCCGUACGUCCCGUUCGUCGACUCUGGAGGUAGAGUCGCCCUAAAGGAAAAGUUGACCAACAGCUCAACGACACUGGCUUACCCUUUGCCGAUAAGGAACUCAUGGAAACGCAAUGCACCUCCAGCACGGCAUUGUGUCAUUCUCGUUGUCAAUCACAACCCCAGCCCGCGGACUACCGGUCGUUUCUUCCGUCCGUCACAUAGACCAAGUGUCAAGUCCAAGCAUACCAUCCGCCGAGGAGACUACCUACAGGCUACCGAUAACCAACUGCCAUUUGCCAAGCCUUCUCUGUAAUACCAGUCAUUUCUCACUCUUACCACCGACACGAGGUCGUCGCCAGCAUAUUCCACCACCAUCCUCCUCUCUUUGUUCACCGCCAUGCCGUCAAUAAUGUUGUACACCUUUUCCGGCGUAGCGAACCCUGUAUGCGAUUUGUGAGAUGGC